AGUGGUCCGAUGAAAGAUUCUCGAUCCUCGUGAAUAGGUGGCAACUAUUUUCAAUAGGUGGCACAUAGAUUCCCGAUUCUGGUGAACCGUUCAGUGUGACCUGUGCCUGAACUUGGCACUGAUGGCCAGCCGUACUUCUUUCGACUACUAAAAAAGAGAGCGUUCGUUUUUAAGAACUCGCCGUGGAGUCUGCUGGACUAGUUUCCUGGACAGUUACGAGGCUUUCAAUAGCGUCGAUUCAGUUUCCCAGUUGUCGUCAACCGUUCCUCCUAAAGUGACCAUUUUCUCUGUCCCCAGCAUGUCGUUAACGGCGUGCCUCGAGAGCCAUGCGGUAGGCGAGCUCGUACGCGCUAAAGGCAUCAUGGUCGACGUGCCGCACAGCUCUCCUGUGCGCGACGCCCUGCAGCUGAUGCGCAUGCACGGCAUCUCCGCGCUGCCCGUGUGGGCUCCGCCGAACGAGUGGGUGGGCGCGGGGGGGUCGUCCAUCAUGGUCACCGACAGCAGCAGCAGCAGCGGCAGCAGCGGCGGGGCAUCAGAGGGCAUCGAGGCGAGCUCGAGCCCGGGCGCGAGCGCGGGCAAAGCGCGGCGGCAGUACAUCGGGAUGGUGAGCGUGCUGGACGUGCUGAUGCACUUCGCGCAGUCCACCAGCCGCGACGACCCGUCGUGGGCGCUGGACGUGCCCAUCUCCAUGCUCAUCGGCCACUGCCUCGAGGGGCUGUCCUGCUGGACGCUGCCCUUCCACCUCUCGGUGCUGGACUCGCUGGAGCCCAUGAGCAAGGGCGUGCACCGCGUGCUGCUGCCGCUGCCCUCCGCCGACCGCCCGCCCUCGGGCCCCAUCGUGCCCAUCACCACCUCGUCCGCCACUCACGGGGGCUUCUCUCGCGGGCUGCUCACCACUGGCUCUGCGCCCGCCUACACCAUCCUCAACCAGGUUGAUUUGAUCAAGUUUAUGCUUGCCGAAGCUCAGGCAGAGACAGGCGGCCAGCACCAUCACCACCACCACAAGGCCACUAGCAGCAGCAGCAGCAGCAGCGCUGGUCAACAUGAAGGUGCCGGAGCCAAGUCCCUGGCGGAGUUGCUGCAGCUGUCAGUGAAGGAGGCGGGGGCGGUGCAUGGGACGGUGUUUGCGGUGCCGGCCAGCAUGAAGGUGCUGGACGCCAUCCGCUGCAUGCAGCAGGCGUCCGUCGCAGCCGUGGCCGUGCUGGAGCCCACAGCCGACGACAAACUCGAUGACCCCAUGCUUGUCUUCGGUCAAGGCCGCUGUUUAGUGGGUACAUUGUCAGCUAGCGACCUGCGCGCCUGCAGUGAGCUGGCAGCCCUCACAGCGCUCCCCCGCUUGACAGUCGGCGACUUCCUCGCUACACUCUCAGUCGCUCAAGACGUCGGCAUCUCCGCCGCUUUCAGCCCUUAUGCCCCUCCUCCUGCUCUCGCCACUCUUGCGUCUAAUUCUCCAGCGUCCUCCCCUGCGCGCAUGUGUGAGGCGAGGUCCAUGGUGCCAAUCACCUGCCGAGAGCAUUCCCGGUUAGGCGCGGUUAUGUCCCAGGCAAUUGCAGGUCGUGUGCACCGGGUAUGGGUGGUUGCAGACGACUCCUCAGGGAUUCUUGUGGGGGUGGUGACCUUGUCGGACAUUCUGCGGUGCAUUAGGGAGCAUGCUGAAGGGGAGCGAUAGUUUUACGCCGCAGAUUUUUUUCCUCAGCAUAUUGGGGUUGGUAGUGAUAAAAUAUUUUCGGGAGGGAUGCAAGAUUUAUAAAUCAAUGUAGUUGGGAGUGAAGCAGCUGAUGACGAAGCGCUGUAACGCAGGCAGCCACCUACUCACGGAAUUCCCUAGAAGUC